AUGCAGGAAAUUAUUGACGCCGCUCUAGCUGAAUGCUACGACGAGCCGCUAGAAUGCCCAGUUCAAGCGGAGAUGGACGCUUAUUGCGCUCAAAUGAGUCCAGAUGCUCCAGAUGGAAGUGAAUUCAAAUGCAAUCGAGCGAGGGGAUACGAAGGGAGAAUGGUCGCUCGCUUCGGACCGAACGCAAGUGGGGGCAAUUAUGGCUGGAGAUGCUACGGUCCCCUUUACGAUAGUUCCACCACAGAGGCGUGUAUCGGCCUCGAUGGCAAGAGAACAAACGUUGGUUGUUCUGAUCCAAACUUCGAGAGUGGCUCGUUGUGCACUAGAACCGAGCAGCUGGAAGGAAUCAUUACAACUGUACUUACAUCUUGCGCGAUCUUUACAACAACUUCAUCUUCCACGACUUCGACAAACGCGUUCUCUACUGAAACAACAACCGGCCCAUCCGAGCCAGGCUGCGGUUCGUUCCAAGCUGCCCUAGAUGACUACUGCAGUAAAAUGUCGCCAGAUGGAAGCGGAGAAUUCUUGUGUAACAGAGCAAAGGGAUUCGAGGGAAUGAUGAAAGCUAGAUUUGAUGUGAAUGCAAAUGGAGCGAAUCCGAUGUGGAGAUGCUACGGGCAGUUUGAGAAUACAGAAUCUAAUGCUUGCCUCGACGAUCAAGGAGAAUUUACAGCAAUGUGCGCGGAUCCAAUCCCUUCCAAUGGUAAAUACUGUACGAGAGACGUGGAGAUGAAUUGGAUUAUCGGGAAUCUUACCGCCGGCGACUGCCCUGAAAUCACGACAACAACAACGACAUCGACAACUACUACUUCAACUACUUCUACAACCAGUACGACAACUACUACAACUACUACAACAACAACCACGACAACCACAACAACGACAACUACAUCGACUUCGACAACAACAGCGCCAAUCCAGCCGUUUUGCUAUCUCCAAGAGAAACUCGACGAUUUCUGCGGUCAAAUGUCCUCCUCUCAAACUGCCACAAGCGACCAUCUCUGCGCAAAAGCAUCGAUUGUAGAAGAAAGGGGAAUGAAAAUGGUGGCGCGUUACGGACUCAAUAAAAAUGGAGCAGUUCCAGCUUGGCGCUGUUAUGCCUACACUCGUUCGGACACAAAUUCGGAAAGUUGCGUCGAUGAUUGGGGCGAACUGACUUUUGCAGCGAGCCGGUCGGCGAAGACGGUUUUAUUGUGGGAAAACUGA